UAUUAAUUGAAUUUCAAUAAUUUAUUACACAAAUGUUGGCUUUGCAAAUCUAACCAAACAUGUCUUACAUUGCCAAGUUUUAAACCAGUAAGUUGCUUAUUACCAAGUUUUAAGUUUAAUUCUGAUCUUGAUGACAGGUCUUCGUAGGUAUGCUUCUAGAAUAAAAGGCGGGAUAAUUCGUUAUUCAGUCUAUUUUUAAGCGACAAAAAGGCUUUUCCACAUCCUUGAGAAUGUUCAUUUUCAUAACACGGAGUAUUUCGCCGCUCUGGCGACGAAUUCUUGUUCUUGGCGCUCUGCUGGCAACCAUUUUCACGUUCAAUGUUGAAUCUCGCUCCUUCUGUCAGUCUUGAAACACGUGCGUUCUGUGCUGUCCGAGCAUCUCGGACCUCUUUAGUCCAGCACCACUGAAGUGUUUUAUAUUUUCUACAACCCUUUUCUGAAGGGCUGCUGUUGCCCUCUCAUCGAUCGUGGAUUUGAAAAGAGGGAGGGAAAAAGUCCCUGUUCCAUCUGCCAAAAUGAAGUCGCGUAAAGGACGAGAAGUACCUUGCUGAAUGCGCCGCCAUUUUGUGGUUUUGACAGGCAACUCUCCGCCCAACAUAUCGCUUGGCAAUUCCUCACUCUUACAGCCAAGGACAGUCUCCCGAUGCACUUAUCUGACGACGCCAUGCCGUAUCCGCGCCCGGAAUCCCGCCUAGCCGGGGAACAGGCUCGUCGUAAGAGGAGAGGCAACCUUCCAAAAGAAUCUGUUCGCAUCCUGCGUAUGUGGUUAUACGAACAUCGCUACAGUGCUUAUCCAUCCGAAAAAGAAAAGGCUAAAUUAGCUGAAGACGCCAAAUUAACGCAGCUGCAAGUUUGCAAUUGGUUCAUAAAUGCUCGACGUCGUAUCUUGCCCGAUAUUAUCCGUAAAGAAGGCCAGGAUCCUUUGCAGUACACAAUUACAAGAAAGAAUGGUGUCAAUAUGCCCCGGUCAAUGCCAACAUCCGCCUCAAUGAACAGAUCUAACAACUACAUUCGUUCGAUGGAUUCGAACAAUAGUCCAGUUUCUUUAACAGAUGACAGUGUUACUGAUGUAGAUGCUGAUAGCGAGGACUCUGAUAACAGUACUACGUCCACAGCAUCCUCUCAGAUCAGUUCGUCUCAGGAAGCUUGUCCGCUCAAGUUAACUAAGCGAUGGCAAAGGACGCACGAACAGGAACUGCUCGUGCAGCCCCCUUCGGAAACGUCUCUCCAUUGUACAGUCCUGCAUAGUCCGCCUACAGUGAAUGAGAAAGCAUCUCACCAAAAUGGUUUUGAGGAAAGCUCAAAGGCAUUCAAAGCCUCUAAAGAGGACUCUUCUGUUUCCCGGAACUCUGACAAUUCGACUCAAGACAUGUGGACAUCCUCCAAUACACCUCCGCUGACUCCUCCAUCGUCAACAGUCGACAAUUCAUUCACUCGUCUUUACAUUCUGGUCAAUGUUGCUUGCGAGGUACGUGACCAACAGGAGCGUGAAGCGAAAACGACUAAUGUUGAGUUAUGAAAGGCUGUGUUGAAAUUUAGCUUUUCAUUAUUUUAGUGCCUUAUGAAAGUCUCUUCAAAAUGUCUUUUCGUGAUCCAGGGCCGUUCCUCCUUAUUUUAUUUAGGAAACCAUUUUGCUCAUAUGUCUUUUAUGUUUUUGUAGUCAUUGAUGGAAUAUCAUUCAGUUCAUAUAUUUUUUCUAGAUCAGAAUUUUUAGUCAGUGUUGUGGAAUCACUUUGCAAAAGCUUACCAUGAAACUAGAUAUAUCAAAGAAAUGAAAUCGUCAUUAAUGGUAGCUUUUUAUUUUAUUUUAAUCUUUUUAUGCGUUUUUAAGAAAGCAUCAUCUUGUUCAAUGCAUUAAAAACUGUGAAAGUUUCAUGAACUUCAAUCUGAUAAUUACAUAGUUUAGAAACUUUAUUAUUAGCUAUAAAUUGAGAUAUUUAUUUUAAAUUUCUAGGCAAGGAAUUUUUCUGUCAUUGAAAGACAUAAUCUAGAUAUCUCAGAAACUGAGAUUUAAGAAUACUUUAAAUCAAAUCAAAGUAAAAUAGAGAUAAAUGUAAUGCUAUAAAUUACUAAGCACUGAAUGCAAGUCAUAAUGUAAUAAAAGGUCCCAAAAUCAUUUUAUGUCAAAUUAAUUAGCACGCAAUAUUAGAAAAAUGUAAAUUUGACUAAUAUUAUUCUAACAGCAAGCAACGAUUUAUUAUCUGAAAUUAUUAUACUUGCAUUUAGAUAUUCAUAAAUAAUGUGCAUAAAAAUCUGCGUGUACAUGUUUAUAAAAGUGUUAAAAGUAAAUAGUUUUUACCUCCAAUUGUUCUGAAUAUGGUAUUUCUGAAUUCUGGUCUCUGAAGUAUUGUAUAUCAUUGUGACUUGAAUUUUAUUAAUUAGAUUUAGACAAACAUAAUUUCAUAGCUGAUAAUGCUGCAUAUUUGUCAAAACUAUGUUAUCUAAAAGGCAAAUGAGUCUUAAACUUUGGUCAUAUUGCGUUAUUUUGUACGAUAGUUGCAAUAGCUUAUUUGCACAAUAAAAUUUUCUGAAUGAACUUUUUUAUUCGCGGCAGUUAUGAAAUACUGAAUGAGAGGCUUAGUUCUAAGUCGUUGAACUGUAAUAGAAAUGCGUAAUUUCGCCGAAUUUGUCAAGUCCAUUGUAUUUUACGAACUACAUUAACUGCCACUGUAAAUGUCCAAUGUUGAGUUUAAAUUAUAUUUUCAUAUGUAAUCUUGAAUGAGCAGUUUUACUUUUUGUAUCCAGCAUUUCCUGUAGUUAUACAUUUGUGCAUUUUUAUCAUUCAUAUUUUAUUUUUAUUUUUGUAUGAAUAUCAGAGUAUCAUUUGAAUUGAUAAACAUUAGGUGCCAUUAAGAUAACAUUCAUAAACACAAAUUCUGUUUCGCUCCAGAAGAUCCUUACAGUUAGCCCACUAUUAUAAGUCAGUGUUGUUGCAUGUUAAAAAAUGGUUCUGUGAGCCUUGUAGCUUAAAAUUUAGUGGCAUAGGACACUGUUGUAGUCUUAUGUGACAAACAGCUAAUAGCUUUUACUUGUGCCAUCAAUUCCUUGAGACGACCAUGCAUUAAAGUGAUGUAGAAUGAUAUUUAGAGUACUCUAAUAGUCCUCUAAAAUAGCAGUUCUUUAUGAGUUUGAGAACACCUCCCAUAAGAUGUUCAAUAAACAAAAAAUUAAUUUUGCGAGAGUCUUAAAUGUUAAACUGCGUGAUAUUUUUAUUAUAUUUUUCAUAAUGAACUUAAAAACUAAUAAAUUUUACCUUGGAAAAUCUGUUUUAACCCCCCCCCUCCCUUUUAAUUCAGAUCCCGAGGGUUGUGCAGCUCAGAGUUGAAGAAUUGAUGUUCUAGAAUAUAAGCAUGACUCUAAUAUAGCUGACCCUCACUUUGUUACAAAAAAAAUGGUAACUUUUGAAAAUUGCUUUCCAAAGAUUCAUCUCAGUAUUUUAAUUUCGGCUUUUAAUGCUACUGUCGAUGCCCAUCAUAUAAACUUUUGAUCGCUAAAGUUUUUUAGGUUAUAAAAUCUUCCGUAUAAUUGAUAAAUGAUAAGCUUUACGCUGGUUGGUAUUUUCUGUGCAAAAGCUAAAUACAGAUCGUAUUUUAAUUCGCAUUCAAAUUUCAUUUGAGAAAAUAACUUAAUUUUGAACAUAUUUAUUGUACAAUAAAGCUUUUUCUUCUCUGAAAGAAUAAGAAUUUAAUCUUUCUUGAAAGUGAUUAGAGUAAUAAAGCAGCUUUCACUAGAUUUAAAAUUUGUUAUUUUAGCUGCUACUAAUUAUUAAGAGUAUGAGAUAUGAAUUUUUAGUUCUGUGUUUUGUAAGUUACUUGAAUAAUUUAAAUGCUGUAAGUUCUCAUCUGUUACCUUGAGCAGCCUUGAGGUAGUUUAUUUCAUAGUCUCAAACAUAAAUUAUUGCCAUAUGAAAUAUAGUUUACAGUACGGUACAAAGCAAAUUAGGUCUCUACCUAAAUUUCUACCUCAAACUGUUUUGUUAUCUCUUUAAAGCCACUUUUUCAUUUUUUAUUAAUAUUAGCAUCAAUCUUAAACAUUGUUUUUACAUUAAUCAUCUCUCUAAUUCUUCCCACUUGGGUGCAUAGAUAUUAAUUUUAAUGUGUAGCAUAUAUAAUGAAGUCUUCCAGCUCUGCGAAAAUGCGAUUAUUGAAAUGAAUUUUAUAAUCUAAAAUAUUUCUCUUUGACUUAAUUUUUUGCCAAUAUGUAUGGUUGUAGAUUAGUAUAAUAAAUUUAUGCAUAGUUGUAAAUGAUAAGCAAACUGAACACAGCGUAAAAUGUAAAGCGUCGUUGUUUGAAAUAUAUUGAAGAUUUCGAAACGACUUCUAUAAAAUUUAUUAAAGUGGAUACUCGAUUCCUAUAGACCACAAGUUAUCCCGCAGAUUUCUUCCUGGAUUUCUUUGACGAUGAGCAAUUUAAUACCAGAACUAAUGCAAGUAAAAGAUUCGGUGAGAUAAGAUAUUAUUCAACAUGGGAACUGAGCUUCUCCCCUCAUAUUCCAUGGUGGAAAUCAAGUUAAAAUAAAGCAGGAACUUUUUAGUUUGUUUUGAACUUUCAUAGUUUUGCAUUUCCUUGUUUCCUUUUCUCGAGACACCCGUACUCAUACGUAAACUGAAUUCCUCUUUCGUUAAUAUAAUAUUAUCCAUUACAAUCACAGCAUUGUCUUGAACCAUACAAGAAGAAUAAGCCAGUAUUUUCUUUAAUAGUUUUUAUUUAGUGCCCAAUAUGUUGUGAUUACAUAUCUCAAAAGAGAAAUUUUUCUUCUUAAAUACAGAACAUAAAGAACAAACUACAUAGCACUAAGAAGAUAUAAUUAUUUCUCACAUUUAAUUGCGAUUGACCUCUUGUGCUUUGCUAUAAAUAAGAAACUAAAUCCACGUUAAGCUACAGGUUAAGUACAUGUUAUUACAUAUACAAAAAUGUGUUCUUUUUUAUGCAUUUAAAUCACAAAUAAAUAUUUAAUUUAUUUCCUAAAGUUCAACCUUAAAUUUAUCUUGAAUGGUAGUUAUACUGACAUGCCUGUAAGAAAUCACCACACACAUCUAGCGCUGUUACACUUACUACAAAACUCGCACAAUGUUAUCGAACCUUUUCUUGAGGCUUGCAGGCAUUAAAAAAUGAACAAUUUUUAAACCAAUGAUCUUAGCAUAUAAAUUAAACUUUUCUUAUCUUUAAAGCACUUGAUGAUUCUAAUUUCAUUAAAUUUUAUAUUUCAAAUUGAGAAAGAAAUGACUGAAAGAUUUCAUUGAUCAAAAAUUUUAUAUCCGGCACUUAUCUCAAAUAAUGUCUGAUUCCAUUAAUAUUUAUUUAUUUGUAGUUUAGCGCUACCUUCUGCCCAUUUCUAACUAAGCAUUUCAUCUCGAAAGCCAUUCUUUAAGGGUAAUACUUUCGUUUAUCCAUUCACCCGAAUGAGCAUAGUAGUAGUAAAUAUCGGCAGUUUUUCCAAGGCGAAAUAUGGGUUACUAUUAGUGACGUUUGGUGCAUGAAAUAUAAUUUUUAAAUCUAAAUCAUCUUGAAAUAACUAUAGAUUUUACCUGUGUUCUGCUUGCUUUUCAGCCUUUCAUUCUGAGAAAUUGUGCAAAUUUAAUGCUAAUUUUUAUGCAGUUAUACUUCUCGUAUUGAAAAAGGCUGUUGUGCAUCAUAAUCGCUUUUUGUUGAUCAUGUGAAAUAUGAAUGUUGCACAUUUUGCAUCCAAGAAUCUACAGAAUUACUUUAUUUAUGGUAUGAUAUUUACAAUGUAUUUUUGAAGUUGUAAUUAAGAUUUUGUGUAAAAAAAUUCAAAUACUAUCUGUGACACGUUUUUGUAUGAGUAAACAAACUAAGUCUAUAUAGUUGCGGAUGGUUAUUCUUGUUCUAUGUAUAAAAGAUGUGAAUUCUAUUGUAAUUUAAAGAUUCGACUAACAGUGUUAAAGAAAUAUAUUCUUUUAUGUGUGUACAUGAAAUUUGACUGAUUUUCAAUUAUUUAAUCUUUAAUUUUAUGUAGAUUCCAUUUAAAAGCACUUAAGAGUGGUUAAAAAUAAUUUUGAUUGUACAUUUUUAUCAAAAUGCUAAACGUAAUCAGUUCUGAACUGAGUUGAUAGAAUUUAUAUUCAUAGAUGGAAAGGUUAAUAUAAUUAUUUGUAGAUAUUUGAUAUUGAAGUGAACUGAUACUUGCUUCACGUUUUGUUUAUGUAUAGAUUUCCUUGUAUUUUGUGUGCAUGUGUGCAUAUAUAUUGAAUAUUUACUGAAAAGAAAAUUUUACACAAAGUGGAUAUUAUCAGUUCAUUAAAAUAAUAAAGAACUGUUUAUAUCUGGAACUGUUAUGAAAUAGGCGUCUGCAUUUGCUUUUCUGAGUUUUGUAUCCUUGACUCUGUGGUACAGGAAUGAACGGCUGCGUCCGAUUUCAAUGAACUUCUCCAAAAGAAGCAUAAUUAUAUAGUCACAGCUUUAAUUUACAUUUGAAACAAUGCGGCAGUAAAGCGUAUUGUAAAAACAUACGUUAAGACAUUUAAAACUCUAUUUCUAGCGUAAACCGUCUUUCUUUUAUGCUCAUUGCUAAUUCAAAACUAGGACAUUCAAAAGUCGUAGCGUCAGUUAAAAUAAUUUAGUACUAAAAUUAAAUAUUAGAUGUUGAGCGCUAAUUAAUUAUUCAGGAACUAAUUUGGAAGCGACUAACUCUUUUAUCGACAGUUGGUUCAAAAAUGUAGGCAAUCACAGUUUUUCAAACUCAUCGGAGUAAUUACAUCAUUUAGCUCAAAUUUUCAUUGUAUUGUUAUAACGUGUAGUUUUUCAUCGUGUGCGCAGUGUUCCAGCUGCAUAGAUUGGUUGAUCGACGCUUUAAUAUAGUACCACAGGUAAGUGCAAGUGGGGUAGGGUGCCUUAUAUGACAAUUGGCGUGUCAGCUUAUGUGCGUUCCUAGCAGUUUGUGCGUAGCCUUUCAAAGCAAUUUUUAUGUAUCGUUUCUAUAUUUAGAGCUUGUCGUUUUUAGCUGCAUAUUUUUUUAGAGAAGUCAUGCUACAUAUCUGCCCAAAAUGUGCCUAGUCAGGACCUCAGUAUGACAUCACUGUACAUUCCACACCUCAUUUGGUCGCCUUCAGUUCAAGGAAUAAUGUUUGCGGUAUGGAAUGUAUUGUCUUUGUACGAUGCUGCCACUUAGUGGUGAAGUGAUAGUGUGCAAAAAUAAAAGUGUGGUGAUAGAUAAAA